AUGUCCGCAACUGAACACCUUGACGUAGCCAACCUGGCCGUCUAUGCUCUAUUCUCUCUUCCAGCGAUCUACUGCCUUGUCGUGCACGGCAAACAUGGCCUACUCAGCUGGGCUUACGUUCUCGCCAUGUGUGGUCUGCGUAUAGCCGGCAGCGCAAUGUCCCUCAACGCUAUUCACCACGACGAAGUCAACACGACGGCCGCGAUCCUCAACGGCAUCGGGCUAUCUCCUCUUCUUAUGGCUGCCAUGGGCCUUCUGCAUGAAGCAAACCACUCCAUCCAUCGAUUCCUCCCUCCUUUCUUGAACCUCUGGGGGUUCCUCAUCACACACAUGGUUGUCGCAGGUGGAAUUGGCCUUGCUGCGGCUAGCAGUGGGGACGAGACACUCCUUCGCGUGGGAAUGAUUGUCUUUGCGACGGGAUGGACGUUGGUGGCUGUUCUGAUUUGGUUCUCUUAUGGGGCUAAUGCCCACAGCCGUCGACUGGGAGAAGAGAGACAGCUUCUUUUUGCUAUCACUGUCGCUAUGCCUUUGAUUGGUGUUCGCAUCGUCUAUGCCAUCGUCACUGCAUUCACCAGCUCCAAUCUUGAAGGUGGCAGUCUAGCCGUGCGCGUCAUCUUCGGUACCAUCCCCGAGUACCUCGUCAUGCUCAUCUACGUGGGAGUUGGUAUCGUCACCAGAAACCUGGUGCGCAGUCGGGUUGAAUAUAUCCAGCCGAUGAACCAGUCGCAAGUGCCUGUCUAA